AUGCACGGCGCGAGAAGGCGCGGCGAUUACGGCGGUGGUGGGGCGAGGCAGAAGUCGGGCACCCCCGGGGGGGUCGGCAGCCCCGGUCCGAGCAAGCCCACCACGUUCGAGGAGCUCAACAGGCUCCUUCAGAGCCGAAACAGAUCCCUCUCCACCCGCAUCAACAGCGUCCUGCAGGUGCUCGAGGAGAACAGGGACAACCUGCGCGGGUUCUUCGCCGCGUGCUACCAGACGCUCCUCUGGCAGAUCUUCAACUUCGACGACGGCGCGAACGGCUGGCUGCAGUCGGCGUCCUCCGGGAACGAGCGCGACGCGUGGCUGCUGCUCGACUUUUUAUCCCCAAACGGACAGUUCAUGAAGGCCGUGCUGGCGGCGGACGCGGACGGGCUCAUGCAGUUCGCCUUUCCCCUCGAGAGGCUGCCCGAACGGACGCAGAGGAUGCUCCGAUUAGACCCGGCGGCUCUCAACGCUCGAUUGCCGUACCGCAACUGCGUGCAGCGGGACGCGCACGGCAGGGCGCACGUGCACCUGGGGCUGUACCACUACUUCCUGUUCUGGUCCGCCUACUACGCGUGCUCCUCCGCCAGGUCCCCCUACGGCGACGGCGGCGGCGGGCGGGGAGGACGGAACAACCCCUACGGGGGUUACGGUUACGGCGGCGGCGGCGGGGGCCACCGGUCGGGCGCGUGGAUGGACUGGCCGAUGACCACGCUCGGCGGGCAUCGACAGCGGCAGGGUAUCCAGCCGUAUCGCGAGCUGCUGCUCUCGCACCUGCGAUGCUUCCUGCCGCGUGGCGACGAGGCGGGGCGGGGAGGAGGCGCGUGGGGUUCGGGGUCGCAAACAACGCCCGGCGCCGGUUGGCCCCGGGGCCCGGUUGGUGACGCGUCCUACCGCAGGGCCAACCGCGUGGGCGCGAGCCAGGGCGAGAUGUUGGUGAGCAUCAUGGCCGAGUUCUGGCUUCCCGGAGCCAACGAGGGCGCGCUGGGCGCCGGCGCGGCGGUCGGGGCUGGCGGGAUGUCGCCGUACGCGACCGGUGUUCUCGACGGCCGAUCGAACCGGGCCGCCACUCGCCACCACUCGCCGUCCUCCGCUUCCCCGUACGGUAGGGAGAUGAGCCCUCUGUCGACCAUGCAGAGGCAGUACUCGUACAACCCCCCGAGCGACGACCUGGUCAACGCCGUCAACCUUCUCGUGACGUACCUCUACGCGGAACCCGACGACAUCUCCGGCGACGUCAAGCGCGGCGCACAGCUGUCGGGCGGGGCACAGCUGGGGGCGCCGGUCUCGCCCCGGUCGCCCAGGUCCCCACGCACCCCCGCCACCCCCGCGAGCGGCGGCGGGGGCGGGGGUGGUGGCUUCGAAGCGGUGGGGGCUUCGAAGCGGGUCAACGCGUCGCGCUCAGGGGGAUCGCCCGGCGUCCAGGACCUCGGCGUGGACGCGGAGGUUGAACGCGCGAAGGAGAUGCUCCAGAAACCCCUGUACAAGUUUCUGAGGGACGCGUUCGUGUACUGGCCCAACGAGAGCACCGCCAACUUGGGUCCCGUCAUGAACCUCUGGGUGACGUACCUGAUGCCGUGGACUCUGAGCUUUCCGGCGCCGCACCGACGACGUUCGGGGUCGGGCGGAUCCCCGACUUCACGCGGCAUCGAGAAGUUAUCUCGCGGCAUCGAGGCGGUCCAGGCGGUCGCGGCGGACAUCAAGUCCAACUCCCCGAAGUUCGUGGGUGACAGGUCGCCGCUCUCCUCGUCGGCGUCGCCCAGGCGGACGAAGCAGCCGCUCGACGAGAUGCACGUCAUGCGCAACGUUCCGUUUUACUGCGAGUUGAUGAAGCACUUCCUGGAGCUGUGCUGCAACCGGGUACCCGUCGACGCGGAGGGCACGGCGACUGCGCUCUACAGCGUGCUCAGGUCCUUGGCGUCAUGUCCCGAGGCGGUUCGGAUCUUGGAGCAGGUCGAGGCUGCGUUCAACGAGUACGCGCCCGUCGACCCUUUCGCUCCGGGUGCAUCCGCGAAGGAGCCGCCGCCCCCCACGCCUUACGACGACUUCCUGCCUUACAUCCACGAGCAGAUCAUGGACUGGGAUCCGCCUGAGACGACCAACCAGGACCCCAUGGCGACUGUCACUCCCAUGGGGGCUCCUGGUGCCCGGAGGGGAGCUGAUCCGUUCGCUUUGCACGGCGCCGCGAAGCCUCCGGCGGUUUCCCCAAAGUUCUGCAUGUUCACGAUGGACCAAGAGGGACUUCCCCAGGUUGCGCUCGCGCUCCUGGAACGCCUAGACCGCGAUAUGGCCCACGUCGGUCCCUCGCAUUCCCUUCGUCAGAGGGUGCCGAAGCUGCGCAAGGCUGCAUUCACGGUUUUCAGCCUUGAGCGCCUCGGCGAGUCCGUCACGGCGAGGGCAACCUUCAGCACGGAGCUUAACAAGCCUGACAGCAGAACGGACGGAAACGGGAGCGGCAAAAACGCAAUCGGGUGGGCCAGACUCGGGAAAUCACAAACCACCUCGAAACAGCUUUACAGGGGUGACUGGAACACACGGCCGAUUCACGAUAUGGAGUUUCCACCUUUGGCUCGCCUUUUGAUCGCCCUGUCUGAGGAACUGAACAGCGGGUUGGGACUCGAAGGUGAAAAGCGAAUUUCAUUGCGAGUCUUCGCAGAGUACGGGAGUAUGCUCGGGUUGAGCUUUCUGAUGCUGUUGUUUUGGUUGUUUUUCGGGUGA